ACACAAGCGAAGAAGACAUGGAUACGGCGCAUUUUAUGAUGGCAGCUAACCGAUAAAACUCACAUUUUAUCACUAUAACCAUAAUGUUUGGCGUCGGGUAACAACUGAAAAAAGACCGUGUGCAUUCAGGGAACAGCAAGCACUUGUAUAAUCCGAAAGUGGACACUGGAGCCAUGCCUACUGCACAGGUCCUUGUAACGUUUGCAGUGUGCAUCCUCAUGAUAACGGAGCUCGUACUUGCUAAGGACUUCUAUGACAUACUGGGAGUCCCCAAAACCGCCACUGAGCGCCAGAUAAAGAAGGCCUUCCACAAGCUCGCAAUGAAGUAUCACCCAGAUAAGAACAAGAGCCCAGAUGCUGAAGCAAGAUUUAGAGAAAUUGCUGAAGCCUAUGAAACUUUAUCAGAUGAAACCAGAAGGAGAGAAUACGACCAGUUUCGUGACACCUCUGCCUACUUUACUGGGGAGACGCAGGGCAGACACCGACAGGGGGCCAACCAACCGUUCAGCUUCAACUUUGAUGACCUAUUUAAGGACUUUGACAUCUACAGCCAGAACAGACACGCCCGUCACAGAAGACACUUUGAAGAACACUCCAGGUCACACAAGGAAUUCCACAACAGACACAAGAAACACUUUCAAGGUGGUGGUUUUGGUGGUGGUGUCUUUGAUGAUAUGUUUGAUGACCAAGAGAGAAUGUUUACUUUUGACAUGAAUGCCAAACAGACGGAGAACCGAUAUCACGGUUCAUCCAAACAGCACUGUAGAACGGUGACGCAGCGCAGAGGAAACAUGGUAACUACAUACACAGACUGCACUGCAUCUUAAGAUGCAGCCUAAAACCACUUUGGACUGAAAUCUGCCUUAAGAGAGUACAAUACUAUUGUAUUGAUCACAUGAUAGAAACCCAUCUGAUUUAUAUGCCGUGAAAUUUUGUGAGUGAUAUUGAGAGCUGACAUUCAGGCACUGGAACCUGGUUUACUUGGCUUAGUUUUCAAUUUAAAUAAGCUAUCUUUUUCAGGUUGUUGUUUGUGUAUGCUCAUGGACUUUCUUUGGAAUUUGUUGUGGUCUGUUUUUUUUUUUCUAGUAUUGACGUGUGCUGAUAAUCUGUCAGUAUUUAUUUCAAGCACCUUAUUUUAAUGAUGUAGAAACAUUAAUGUUUCUCCUGUUGUGAACAUUCAAAUAGUUGUGGCACAAACAUACAUGUGUCAAGCCACACCUGUUUUUCCCCCGUGCUUUUCUCCCUGCAUUUUGUGUAGUUUUAUUGUGUUGCCUUUGCCAUUGUAAAUCCCUUGUAAAGGCGGAAACAAUUGCUGGCUGUCUGCAGAGUUUUUGCUUAUGGUUGUCAAAGGGGCACCAACCUGUGACCCUUCACAGGACAGUUAGUUUGGCUUGCUUUCUUUUUAGGUCUGAAACUGUAAAGGAUUCUGACAGUAUAGUGAAAAUAACCAUUUUCUUCGCUAUGGAAACUAGAAUUUGUGGUUACUGUAAAUAUGUGAAGUCGGUGGAGGUAGAGCAGAAGAAUAAUGUGUGGCUUUUGUGAGGAGAUGGGGGAGAGCUGAACCUGAAUACUAAAGUGAUGAAGUUACUACAGUUGGUUGUCAAAGCUGUUUCGAUGUGGUUUGUUUCAGUUAUAUGACAUAUUUCUGUCACAUUUUGCAGCACUACACGAUAUAACCCAACAUUAGAGCUUUUUUUUAAAAAAAGAGCACUUUUUUUAUCAAGGCCUCAGCACCUAUUAAUUAUAUUUUAGCUAUCACCAUUGUGUCACAGAACUAGUAUUGCAUUGUGCUACAUUUUGAAGCUGUGAGAGUGUUAUCAAAUCCCCCGUUUUUUGGGAUGUUUCAUUUGUACUUUCAUUUGACUUGCAGUCUGGUCUCAAAUUUUCAUAUCUAUACUAUCUGCUGGCGAAUUCAACCGGAUAUUGUUUUUGUGAAUAUGGAUUUUAUCCUAUUUUUCUGUGCUUUAUUGUGGAAAAGGCAAAGUAUUUAUGAUCAGCUUAAUUCUGAUAUUUAAGUCGCACCUUUCAAUGAAUAAUUUUUAUAGUUAAAAAACAUAGAAAACUCUCUUAAGUCAUUGAAUGUGAAACAGCUUUCUAAAAGUUGACUACUGUAUGUGCUUGGCAGGUCAGGAAUACAUUUACUGGUUUAUAUAAGGUUUGUAUUAACAUUAUACAAUAAGACGUGAUGGAAAAAAAUGUGUGUAUACACAAAUGCAUCACUACCCAGCUCAUUCUAUGAAACCGAUGAUGGCAGAACAAUGUUGAGAUAAUUAAAGACAAUGUACAACUGCUGUUUUCCAAGAAUCACCUGUUACCUCAAUUCCAUGAACAAGUUUGAACUGACACUGUGCAAUAUUUAUUUUCUAUAUCGGUGUUGUUGUGGUGAAAUAGCACUUUUAAUUUUGUUAAUAAACCAGAGGCAAAAUUGUUGG